CAUGAGUUCUGAACCUUUUCGAAGCGAGGUCGGAUAGAAACCGAAUCAAAUCUCUUAGCAAAAAACAAAAUCUCGCACUUCCUUCCUUCCUUGCUUGCUUCGAUCGCUGGGUAGAGAGAGAGAACAAGGUGAGAUUCGAAUUGGUUUGGUCUGUGCUCAAUUGUAACUAUUGAUCUACAGUGUUUUCUUGAUCAGGUGAUUCGAUUUUAAGAUAUCAAUCGUUUAAUCUUAUUUGAAAGAAGUUGUCGAUCGUUUUGGUUGCUAGGGGGGGACUUUGAAUCUGUGCUUUUUUUUUUUUAAUUUGAAAAACUCUUGAGACGAUGGAAGAACCAAUAAGAGAAGCUUCACAACAAGUCUCUGAAGAGUUCAAAACUCUUGUUAAUGCACAAGAUCUCAAUUCUCUCAGACACUUGCAGCACCUCAUAUUGGGGAGGCUACAGGAUAGCAAUGCAGUUCUGUCCCAUUACAACGAGUUUGCAGAGAACUGCUUCGCUGAUGUAUCAUUGGACUUCUCUAGAAACACUCGUCUUUUGAAAUCCAUGAAAGCUGACCUCGAUUACAUCUUCUUGAAACUAAGGAGCAUAAAAAGUAAGAUUCUGGCUACGUAUCCAGACGCAUUUCCAGAUGAGUCAACCAGUGAUGCUUUUGACCGAAGACCUGAUCUCGAGCUGCCACUCAGUAACUAAGCAUCAGAUGUGUUGUAUGCUUGAGAACUCGUUUUUUCUAUUUACCUUGAUAGGUUUCAUCAUGUAGUAAAGUACCGGAUGUGUUCCUUCGAUACUAACGAAUUCAAAACUGGCCUUGUUAAUUUUUUGUCAAGUAUAUUAACUCUUGUGUAUUUCUCACUGCUUAUUUUCUCUUAAGACUCUGCUAAUCCCAGUUACUCUGGUCAAUGGUAUUAUAUUAUAGUCGAGACUU